AUGGCUUCCGCCUCUGGGGUAGGGUCGUAUUCGAACCCGUUGAAGAAGUUUAAGCUGGUAUUUCUGGGUGAACAAAGCGUUGGAAAAACGUCUCUCAUUACCCGGUUUAUGUACGACUCCUUUGACAACACAUACCAGGCCACUAUUGGCAUCGACUUCCUAUCCAAGACCAUGUACCUUGAAGACCGUACCGUCCGCCUUCAGCUCUGGGAUACCGCCGGUCAAGAACGUUUCCGCUCCCUGAUUCCUUCCUACAUCCGAGACUCGAGCGUCGCCGUUGUCGUCUACGAUAUUUCGAAUGCCAAGUCCUUUCAGAACACUCGGAAGUGGAUUGAUGAUGUGCGUGGGGAGCGUGGAAACGAUGUGAUCAUUGUCCUGGUCGGCAACAAGACCGAUUUGAACGAUAAGCGUGAGGUUACCACGGCACAAGGCGAGGAGGAAGCUAAGAAGAACGGCCUGAUGUUCAUCGAGACCAGUGCCAAGGUCGGACACAACGUGAAGCAACUGUUCCGACGAAUCGCCCAGGCUCUGCCUGGUAUGGAGGGUGAAGCUAAGCAGGGAGAAAGCCAGAUUCUUUCUUCCAUCGCAGUGAUCGAUGUGAACAUCCACCCGAAGGAGACCACCAACAACGAUGGCUGUGCCUGUUAA